GCAGAUAGACCUACAGUACAGUACAUCAUUUUCUUGUUGAGUAUGCAGUUUCGUUUGGUUAUCAGGUUGGAAAGGAACUAGGUCGACAACUACAUCUACUAGGCUACUUGGCUCAUAAACAUCUGCCAGUUCAGCGAAAUUCAAUUCUUUUGUCCUUGUGUUUUUGUAUUCUCUGGACAGUGGUUUGUGUAAUCAAUUCCCCCCUAAGGCUCUUAAACAAGCUUUAGUGUCAUAUAAAGUGGAUUAUGCCAUGUUAUUCACCGAGUUGAACCAUCAUUUUUCAGCUCCUGGUGCACAGUUUUUGUAAAUGUCACUGUAUUCUGUUCUUGCUCAAAGGUCAAUUCUCAGUGGAGUCGUGUCUGACACUUAUUGUGGAGAAAUUGCUGCAAAGUUGUUGGCGUCCAGCAGACCUGAGUAUAUUAGAUGAAGGUGCCUGGCGAUGUCCUGAAAUAAAGAAGUUGGAGAUAACUACAGUGGAAGCAUCAACAGAUCUUGCGGAUGCAGAACACCAUGAUAUUUUUUUAGGUUGGAGAAAAUGCUUGUCAAAUUGAUGCAUCAAAAUCGUCUUGUAGCAGUUGCAAGGAUUACUAAAUAAUGGACUCUUCUAUUGUUCAUUGGAAACUAGACGUUGGUACCGUUCUACUUUCAUUGGAGAAACAGACAGCCAUACAACUGCACAGAUAACUUGAUAAGCCAUCGAGGAAUUGCCAAUGCAAAACUGUUCAGGAAAUUGUCAGGAAUAUUCUUCGAUCUAAACCAGAUUUAUUAUAAUAGUGCUCCAAUAUAACAAGGCUAUUGACUUGAAUCAGCAUCCAUUACUCAACUGACACAGGAAUUAAGGAGAUUUGGUUUGAGGAUUAUUGUGCUCGGAGCAUCACUAUUGGUCUUUUUCACUCGUACGGGAAUUUGAGACACAGAUACUUAAGUUGUCUUCAUGAAGAGGUUGUUUUGAACUAAUGUUUAACUUCAAGAAGUUUUGAAAUUUGGAAUUAAGUUUAAGUCAGGGAAGGAACUAUCUAGAUUGUGGUGAUAAACUUGUAUAUCUGUCAGAUUGGUAAUAUUGCUCAAGGUCACUCUAGUCUUCUUUAGAAUUUUUGUGCUUCAUUGAAUUGGUUUGAGUGAUCUCUAUCCAACAAGAUGAGAAGGAAUCAGCAUGUCGCGUCCAUGCAGGGCUAUGAGGAGAUGCCGGAUUAUCUCAAGGAUAAUUGCUUCAUGACAGGCUUGUCUUCGCAGCCUGACGCCAGCAUGCCAGGAGUAGGAUUUAUUCGGGUGAAGUUCAACCAGUUUGAACGAGGUGGCACACCAUCACCUGAUGCCGCUGAUGGUUCAAUAUUUGACCCACAGGUGGCGGUCAAGGUUAAAGAAGCUGUGGAUAGUGGAAGCGAUUCCAAGACAGUUUUAGUUCAACGCAAACAGACUUUAUUCCCUGAUUGGAACAAAAGUUUUGAUGCCCAUUGCUAUGAGGGCCGUGUCCUCACUUUGGAGGUUUUCCAACGGACGGAAAAAUACACCACGGAUUAUGAGGUUGAGGCUCAGAUUACGAUUGAGGUCAAGACGAUGGCCGAAAAAUGCAAGAAUGGUGGUACAGCGAAUCUUUGGUUGGACAUGAAGCCCUCAGGGAGAUUGCAGAUCCAUGUCAGGUACUUCUCUGAACAAGAAGAGCUUGAUAAGUCCAUGCACCACUUGUCAGUUGGUGGGCCUGACCCCUUUAGUCAGGAAAGAGCCCGCUCUCCACGCCCUGGGGCAGGUUUGGAACACCAAGGUUCCUUCGAACCGGACAAGGUCAACACUGGUGGAAUAACUCGUCGGUUCGCCAUCAAACAACCUAAAAUCCAUGAGGUCCAAGGGCACAAAUUCAUCGCCAAGUUCUUUAUGGAACCAGUAUUCUGUUCAUUCUGUGGUGACUUUAUGUGGGGACUGAAUAAGCAAGGAUAUCAAUGCAAAGAAUGUGAAUGUACGGUACAUAAGCGAUGUCAUGACCAAGUAUUAGGAAGGUGCCCUGGCAGUGCUGCAGACAGUAGGGAAACUAAAGCACUCAAAGAGCGUUUUAACAUCAACGUACCUCAUCGUUUCAAAAUCCACAAUUACAAAUCGCCCACGUUUUGUAAACACUGCGGUUCAUUGUUGGUUGGACUCAUAAAACAAGGUCUAAAAUGCACAGUAUGUGGGGUGAAUUGCCACAAGAAAUGUUACAAGCUGAUGCCAAACCUUUGCGGUGUGAAUCAGAAGCUGAUGGCCGAAGCCUUGAAGCAGGUUAAGAGACUCCAAGAGACAUCACAGAAGAGCAAGCUACUGCCUGCAGAUGGGAUGGCCGCUGCUAUGAAGCAAGAUUCGGAAAGUGACAGCGGAGACGAUGAAGAGUACCAGAAGAUGUGGGAGGUGGAGGGGCUGCGCAAGUACACCAUACAGGAUUUUAAUCUACUCAAAGUGCUAGGAAAAGGAAGUUUUGGAAAGGUUUUACUGGCCCAACUUAACAAGACUGAGGAAUACUAUGCAAUAAAAGCCCUCAAGAAGGAUGUGGUACUAGAAGAUGAUGAUGUUGAGUGUACAUUAAUAGAGAGAAGAAUCCUACAACUUGGCUGUAGUCACCCAUUCCUUACCCACCUGCAUAGUGCUUUUCAAACUAAGAGUCAUCUCUUCUUUGUGAUGGAGUACCUGAAUGGAGGGGACCUCAUGUUCCACAUACAGCGCUCAUCAACUGGAAGAUUUGAAAUGGACAAAGCAAAGUUCUAUGCAGCUGAAAUCCUCUGUGGUCUUCAGUUCCUACACAGAAAAGGUAUCAUAUACAGAGAUCUCAAGUUGGACAACGUUCUACUAGAUAGUGAAGGACAUAUCAAGAUAGCAGACUUUGGAAUGUGUAAGGAGAAUGUGACUGGUGAUGCCAAGGCCUCAACAUUCUGCGGAACUCCAGAUUAUAUAGCGCCUGAGAUUCUUCAAGGAAAGCGCUACAACAUGUCGGUCGAUUGGUGGUCCUUCGGGGUCCUCCUGUACGAGAUGCUGAUUGGUCAGUCUCCAUUCCACGGUGAAGAUGAGGACGAUCUCUUCUACGCGAUUGGUCACGAGACGCCACAUUACCCUCGGUGGUUGGGGGCUGUUGCUACGGAAUGCUUGCGUUUGUUUUUUGACAGAAAUCCAGAGACUCGUCUUGGUAUGCCAACAUGUCCUAAGGGACCCGUCAGAGCUCACGCCUUCUUCAAAAGUAUAGUCUGGGAACAAUUAGAAUCGCGAGGAGUCAAGCCGCCUUUCAAACCAACUGUGAAAUCGCCGACAGAUACUCAACACUUCGACUCAGAUUUCACCAUGGAGAAACCUCACCUGACGCCACCGGACAAGUCACUUUUGCACACCAUCGACCAGGCGGUAUUCCGUGGCUUCAGUUUUACUAUCGCGGAAUCAAAGGCGUCGUGACCGCAAUAAAUCAAUAAUAGGACAAACUUAGAGCUCAUGUUUCAAUUUAAGUUGGCCUGACUUACUUGUAUAUUAUUUGUGUUAUUGUGUAUAUCAUACAUGUGAUUUUGGCAACUUGGUGGGAAUCUGAGAAACACUACUGCUUCUGUAAAUCAAAUUGAUGUGGUGCAACAACUACUGUAAACCUUGCAAUUUUCACUGACUUUUUUUUAAACAAUUUUCGUCAUCAGAAACAAAAUGAAAAUAAAAACAGGAAGAAAAAUACAUGUAUGAUGAUUUUGUGAAAUUCAGGAUGAUGUGAAGAAGCAUUUGCGUAACUUUUAAAGUCAUGAAAAUGACCUGGUUUGCAGUAUAUACAAGUGAUAAUAAGUCAUGUAAAAAGUUCUCAUUAUAAAGUUUAUUGUAAAAAAGGAUUGCUCUAUGUGACACAAGUCUGAUAAGAUUGUGAAAAAAGCUCAUGCUUUCAGUCACUUGCUUCGAUAAAUCUGUGAAAUAAUAUUAGAUGUGUACAUGUAUAUGUUCUCUCCCGGUACUAUAUUUUGUUAAAAUUGUUAACUCAUACCUAGUAGACUUAACUCAUUGUUUACUGACUGAUUCUUCUUUCAUUGUGGACAGUACUGGUUACAAUUAACAUACCUUGACUGCAGGCAGCUAAUGUGCCAGCCUAGGAUAUGCUAAUUCUGUUUACUUCACUACUGUUCAAUAGCUUAACAGGAUGACUGGUAGUUUUAGAUUUGUAAAAGCACAUUACAUGCAUGCGAUAUAUGCACUUGUAAUCUGUGUGCAUGCUAAGUCAGACAACAACAUGCGCAAAGGGAAAGGUAUUUCAAUUGUGACCAGUACUGUCAAAAGGGCGUAAUGAUAAUGUUCAAGGUAUUUAUGUACAUGUAGGUGAAGGCAGCACAACUUACACAUGAUUGGUUCGUAUUUUAAGAAAUGUAAUGAAUUAAUGAAAACUUCUUUGUUAAUUCAUCUUGGUAACAACUGAAUAUAUAUACUCAGGCAUAUGUCCAACUUUGCUGAGGUCCAUGACUGGCUCUAACUUCCAACUUACGACUGGGAUUCACUUAGACUUUCAGGACGUAAUGUGGAACAACAUUGGAAAAUAAAUCAUAUCACAAAGAGGUGGUGAUGGUGGUGGGGGGGGGGGCAAUUCCAUGACAUCUCAGUGGAGACCCCAAACCCAGAGAGUUAGCGAACGAGUUAUGCCCUCAUUUAUGUUAACAUGUAUAUACGUACGGUGUCUUUGAUGUAUGUCAUAGAAAUCCAAAAAGCUGAGAUUGCCCAAGAGACUUACUGUUGACUAUCAAAGAGGGCGACUGACUAACUUUCUGCUUAAUAUGAUUUGCCAUGUAUGCUGUGAUGUAAUGGUUCUUUUUUUGUGGUACGCAUUUGAAAUGAAUGAAAUGUAACUUAUGUUCACAUGUUCCAAAACACAGUCAUGUAAAAAUUGUAUUUCGCUAUUGGGACACUUUUAGAAAAGGAUGUUGCUUCUAAUGAUGUUGAUGAACAAAAUGCAUAGAGAACACACAAUUCAAUAUCACUUAUACAUGUAGUGAGAGAAAUUAUAAAAUGCACUUUGAUUACGCAAUUCGUUUAUGUUUUAUCUAUUGCAAGCGUGGUAAAGUGAUUUGUUCCGCAGCAGAUUUUGGGAACGCUAAAUAGUUUCUGAUGAUAUUGCAGUAUUUGUCCCAGCAACAAAUGUAUGUAACAUGACAGGACUUGGCAUUAGCAUUGUACUUUUAAGUCAAACAAAAAAACAACAAAAUAUUAUGCAUACAGUUUUGUCAAAACUGAUGUCCUUUUCCCUUAGGUAUUCAAAUUCAGCCUGAUUAACUUAAAAUUUGUGUUAUGCCUUGUCCAAAUUGCUUCAUUUGUAGGUUUUCCAUACCUUCAAAUUGGCAUGCUGUAACUCAGUGUUCCUGGCCAUUUUAUAUUAUGAUGCUUCAAUCUCACAAUUCGUUCGAACUUGAGUUGAUGUUUUUAAAUUGCUAUUGUAAUUUGUAACUAUUUUAUCCUGGAAUUUUAAUAAAGCUUACAACCAACCUUAAUUGUAAAAUCAGGUAGUGCACUGUAAUUCUAUUUGCAUCAGUAAUAAGUAAUACUAUCGUAUCGAUAAAAUUUUAAUGGGUAUUAUUCAGCACUUGGUAAUGCAGUAUUUUUCUGCAGCUGUAUAAUCAUGAUAGUGGCAUCUGUAUAAGAAAUUCAUAACUGAGGUUGUUUGCAUCAAAUGUGUGAUGGAUGAGUUUAACUACAUGGUAAUAUAGCUCAGCAAGCAUGGUAUCGAAGGUUUUUUGAAUUGUGAAAAAUGUGUGUAUGGAUAUUUAAAAUGUACCGAGUUUGUGGUUUCACUUGUUAAAACACUCUUGGUAAGGAGCAAUGAAGUCAAUGUCUGCAAAUUUAUAUUCAUGCAGAUUCUUGUGAUUUGUUUCAUCUGAGGAUGUGGGGAUGAUAAUAAUCUUAAAGCCCUUUCACUGCGGUACUGGACCAUGGGGUAUUGGUAUAAAAUGAUUAGUUAUUGUUAUUAUCAUUACAGUUGUUGCAUGGUGGAUAAAGUUUUUUGCUGAUAUUAUUUAUCCCUCAGAGCACAAGGGGUUAAUUAUUGAGUAUAAAUAAGAAUGAUAAUCAAGAAUAAAUAAAGAGUAGUCUUGAUAUGUUCUUGGUAUGCUGUUGUAAUCAAAAGAAUUAUUGACUGUAUAUUUUCGAAUUUGAUUCAUAUUGUAGUGUAUUUUUGCAUAUAAUUGUUAUAAAUAUAUGUAUAAAUUAAAAUGUACAUUACAUGUUAUAUUGCAGUAUUGUAAGAGAUAGUGGUCAGAGUAGGUUAUUAUUAAGGCGCUAUAUGUUGUAAAAAUCUUUGCAAUUUUGACAGGAGCAAUUCUCAAGUUGAACUUUUUCUCAGAUUAUAGACACUGUAAUAUGAUGCUCUUAAAGUUUUUAAGAAAGUAACUUUUAGCCUCUUAUUGGUAGAGAACUAGCAUGUAGAUCUACAUACUCUGUGUUCACAUUUGUAAGAUCACUGGCUAGUAUUUAUGUCUUCUUGCUGAUAUCAUUGUGGUUUUGGAUAUAUAACUCCCGAGAAAACCAGCAGGCUCAUGGUUGAUUGCAGAUGAAGCUGUUGAACUACAGAACUACAUGCUUAUGCAGGGUGUGCCUCGGCCUAAACGUCAGCUAACCUUACAGAAGUGAAUAUGGAGUAUUUUUCAAUCAGUAGGCAUGAGGCAAAGUUUUGGAAAUGGUGUUAGUUCAUUUUAGAACCAAACUUCCACUCACUUUGGAAUCAGCCAACUUCAGUUAUAUCAGUGUUUUGCUUGUUAAUGACAGUAGUCUUGCUCGUUUUGGAAUUAAACUUUGAGUGAAUGAAGUGAUGGGACUAUAACCAUGAACCUUUUCACGGAGGUACCUAUUUGGGAAAAUAGAACCGUACAACAGUAAGUUUGAUAUCGUGUUUUUUCAGACGGUGCUCCCUCUGAAACCUCUCAAAUCUUUCAAUAACAGUCCAAAAUCAAUAGUCAACCGUUGUCUGAACAGCCAACCUAGGUAAUAAAGAUACCAUACAUUGAAUUAAAAUACAUUCUCACUCUUGAAAUCACAGCACCCACUGAAUAAUUACAUUAGGUUAUUUCCCUUAACAAUGCCAUACAGUCCCUUGACAGACCUCAGCACUUAAGCAUGUCCUUGUUUGACAACUUGGAAGCGAUAUCCAGCUGCUAUCAAAUGCCACCUUCUUCUCAGAUCAUAAUCUAAACUUCUCUAAUGAUAGGUCUCUGUUUUCUUGCCACCUCAUAUUUUAUAGCAGCAUCCAGAACACAUUAUGCCUAUGUUAUUCUACCAUGUUUUGAACCUCAAUAGAUGCCAAUACUUGACUCGCCAUUAUAUUUUACUUUGUGAUGAGAUUUUAUCAAAAUUUUGUUCACAAUUUGUUCCGAUUACCUCACUAGAGCUAAUUAGGUUAAAGUUAAGCCAAACAUUGUUGACUGAUGUACCAUCCGUUCAUCAGAUUUCCCUUGAUGAGAAAAUACAGAAACAAAUCUAAUUUGUGCUGUUAAGGUCCGCCAGCAUCCCUAGGAACAAUUCCACCAUCUUGCCGUGUUUGUAAAUUGUAAAUUGUGAAUUGGCCUUUGUGAAGAGUCUUUCCUAAGGAGUGUACUUCAUGUCAGUUUGGUUGGGUUUAGAUGUACAAUUCUGUUCAAAAACCUUUGUUAGCAUGUAAGGAUGUGCUUGGUGUUCCAGAAUAUAUUUGACACUUUUCAUUUUAAUACCUCCAGUGAAAUAUCAAAAGAAAAGUACCAUGCGGAAGUGAUGAUAUGAAUAGAAGAUGUAAAAGUGCCAAAUACAUUGUGAAACUUCUAGAAGUACCGGAUUUCCAACCUCUAAAUUGUCGUGAAUUGAGACUCUUCAUUAUGUAUGUAUGGGAAUCAGCUAUGUUAUAUUGUUAUGACUUCACGUAAUAAACUUUUAUAAUGCA